UGAUCUUCGUCUCCGCCAAAAACCCUAAAAAUCUGCAACGCAAAAUCAGCGACGGAGGCUCCGGCGAUUAGGAAUCAACGGCGAUGAAGCUGAGCACGAGAAAAGAGCUACUGGAGCGGUGGAGGUGCAUUGAGGAAGAGGCCGACGAAGACGACGAUCGCAUUGAGCCUUCUAAGCUUCACCGUCUUCACAAGAACAAAGAGCAAUGGUUCACAGAUACAUUUAGUUUCUUGAUUUGUUUGCCGGAAGAAAAUCAUAUUUGGUGUGGGUCAUGGGAUCUGAUGGGACCUCUUCUGGAGACGUUUUACAACUACUUUAAUGAUGAGCAUAGUGAUUCUCCUCUUAGGCAACUCUGGAGGAGAAUCUCCAAGGAAAUGCGGCACUGUAUCCAAUGCAUUUGUCAGCACUAUCAAGCCCAAGAAAUGUAUUGCAGUGAAUAUGAGUUGAGUUCUAUUAGUCCCCUUCUGGAUGUUUUACGAAGGCUUGAUGAGGAGAGGGUGACCCAACACUUAAUAGAUAUGAAUACUACAUUAGUUCGAAAGGAAUAUGAUCCUGCCCGUGAUAAUGCUGAAGUUGUUAGCGUCAUGUAUGAGGUUUUAAUGUUCCCUGUACUCUUGAAUGACGGAUCCCUAUUCAUUGAGUUUGAAAAUUUUAUCGAAGCAGUUGAUAAUAUGCAUGAACUGGCCUUGGCUGGACAUCAGCAGUUUCCGGGUGUGUAUGCAUUAUUUUUCUUCAGAAGGAGAGUGCGCUCUGUUGGUCAUCGUUUAGCUAGUUCUAUGGGAAAAUUGAGGAGAGCAGUAGACUUGGAACCCUUGCAGCCAUUGCUUAAGAAAUUUAUUAUCUUCUUGGAAACUGAAUUGUUACCAUCAACUGUGAAAACUACAAGGCCCAGGGUGCAGCUGGACCGCACAUCCAUAUGGAUAGGAAUCAAAACUUUGCUUGGGUUCUUAGAACCUCCAGCGUUUGAAGAAGGGAUAUUAAAGCUUUAUCCCAUUUUUCUUGAUAUUGUCCUCAACCAUAUAAGUGGUGAUUCAUCAGAAUUCUCUCAUGCAGUUGCUUGCUUGAGAAAAAUCUUUGAGAUGCUCGGGUGUAAACUCUGGUUGAGGUCUACAUUGGAUCCUGGUGUGAUGCGCGAUACUGUACUGGGUCAGUGUUUCCAUACUCGAAACGAGAAAAGCCAUAAGGACAUAUUUGAUCUUUUCCAACCUUUCUUGCAGUCUCUUGAAGCUUUGCAAGAUGGUGAACAUGAAAAGCAGCGGAGGCAUUUUCUAUAUUUUCUCCUCCAUCAGGUGACUGUGAGCAGUAACUUCAGUGUCUUAACAAGGCAAAGGGCUUGUCAGAUAUCUCUUCUUAUUGUACAUCGAGGUUACACGAUGAACCCACCCUGUCCGCCUUUUGAAUGUGCACACAUGUGGGGUCCUUCUCUUGUGUCAUCUCUGAAAGAUUCUUUGCUUCACAGUUCUUUAAGGCAACCUGCCUUUGAUCUCAUACAAACCGUCAUAGUGUCUGAUGCUGCUGCAUUAAUAAGUUCAGUGCUGAAUACGCACCCACCCCUGGGGUCUGAGAAAAACUUGUCUUUUCAGCUGAAUGAUGAAGGUGAACACGGGCUACCAUUCUCACUGGAUACCGAAGAGAAGGAUACUAGUUCUUGGAGUGAAUUUAGCUUACAGAGCAAAAUAACUUCUGGGGACUAUAAAGAGUGGAUGUGCAUUCCCAUGCUAUGGAUUAAUGUUCUUAUUGACACCAAUGUCUCCGUGUUUCCAAUAUCAUUUUUCAAGGCUGUUUUCUGGGCGCGUUCUCGUUUUUCUAUGGUAGAACCAGAGACUAGUGCAGAAAUGGCUCUUCCAAUCAGAACCUGGCUUUCAUCCUCUACUACAGAAAUAUCUCCAACCAUUGGGUGGAAGGUUCCUACUGGUUCUGACGAUGGCGGAGAAGGGAAGGAGUCAAAAAACGCGAUCAAAGUUUCAACACUGCAUCUUCCUUUAGUUAAAACCUUUAAUAGGUUAACAGCACAUUUUGUGGUUCAAGUGGGUCGGGGGGAACUUUAUAAGCAGUGGACAUGGGAACCAAGGAUGGCUGAAAGCUUGUUCCUUGCACUUAUUGAUCCCGAUGAUAAUGUGAGGCAAUUCGGCAAGUGUAUCUUGGAACAGGUUUCCAAUACAAAGGGUCUUUCUUGUGGUUUGAAUUUCCUUUGUUGUGAUCGAUCUUCACUGUCCUCUGUUUUAUUUGGCUUGAGACAUGCUGUGAAACUGGUCCAACUUGCAUCUGUUGUAUUAAACUUUCAGACCCUGCAUCAUUUUUUCUUUGUUGUUCGGAAAUUGCUUAAUGAAGGAGAUUUACCUACUUCGGUUGUUCCAGGAUCUGGCCACUUAAGUAUGGCCAGGUUCUCUUCCCAAGGUGGAUUUCUUAAGCAGCCAAUCUGUGAUCCACCUUCUGUGAGUGUCUAUGGGAAAUCAUCAAAUGUUGACUCAAAGUUACUGGGAAGGUUUUGUUACUUGUUAGCAGAAAUUGUGUGGCCUUCCAUCUGUGGGUGCUUAUUGAAAGGAAAAGCUUUUAUUAAUAACAGUUUUUGUCAGAUGACUUGUGUCCGCAUACUUGAGAUCAUCCCUUGUGUGUUUGAACGACUAUACUUUUUAUGUAGUAAACCGUCGGGGGUUUCUGGAAUGAUGGUAAAUACUUGUGACUUCUCAUGGCUUCAUGAUGUUAUGGAUUGGGGAAAGUCAUCACUUAAAGUUGUAGUCAUAUACUGGCAACGAGCAAUUACCUCCUUGCUCAAAUUUCUAAAAGGGACAUGUAACAGUGCUAUGGCAUCAACAAUCAGCGUAAUUGAAAAAAUCAUUUCAUGUGACUGUGUUUCCAUGGAUGAAUUGAUAGAACAAGUGUCGCUCCUCUCUGUAUCUUUGUCUAAGGAAGCUUCCUCUAGUACUGCAAUGACCAACACCCGAUCCGCUGAAGGCUUGUCUUCUCAGAAAAAAUAUUCAGUUCCAGAAGUGAAAUACUUGUCCAUUGAGGAUCCAGAUGUUCAAAUGCCGCACUCUCCAUGGAAGAAUGACAGAAAGCAUGGUAGUGAUAUGAUAGUCCUUUCUGAUGAUGAAACUGAAGUAAUCCAACCAAAUGAAGCAGUUAUAUGUGAUACUAAGAUGAGUUGGUGCUUGAUGGAUGACAAGACAGUGAAUUCCACUGUUGAUAAAAGCAUUUCAUAUAAUGAUUCUGCGAAGAAGCUUUCUGGUAUUGACUCCAGGAAUUCUUUGAAUGUGUGCCAGAAAAUAGAUGCUACAGAUUCCACUGGCCUUGCUUCUCAGAAACAGGAUUCUGAUAGAUUAACAGAAAUACUGCAACCUGUUUCUUUGCUGAAAUCAAAGGAUGUAAAUAAUAGCAGGAAAGAAACAAUUCCUGAUUGGCAUAUAAAUGAUUCCAUUAAAUUCAAGGGUACAGCCAAGCCAUCUGACAAUGCUGUUGGUUCCAAAAAGUUGAGUGAAGCUGGCAAAAAUGCAGCCCUAAAAGAAGGUGGCGCUUUGUUGAAGGAGGUGGUAUGUGAUGUCGAAAAAGAUCCAUUAGACGCUGCUCUCAACUCAUUUAGACGCCAGCAGUCAUUUGUGCCAAAGCCAAGCAUUUCUGCUCCUAAGCGACAACUCAUUCAGCUUCAAUCUCCUUCUCAAAAUAGUGCUGGUCAUUUGCAUAGGUUGGAAGGUAGAAAAAGGUUCCAGUCGCCAAGGCUUGAUCAAUGGUAUAGACCUAUAUUAGAAUUAGAUUACUUUGCUGUGGUAGGUGUAGCAUCUGCGAGUGAAAAUGAUAAACAUAAAGUUGCAGAAUUAAAGGAGGUUCCUGUGAAUUUCCAAUCACCUGAACAGUAUGUUGGAAUAUUUUGUCCGUUAGUCUUGGAGGAGUUCAAAGCACAACUACAGAGUUCGUUUCUAGAAAUGUCUUCAUUGGAAGAAGUGUACUUUGGUAGCUUGUCGGUGCUUUCAGUUGAAAGAAUUGAUGAUUUUCAUCUUGUUCGCUUUGCUCAAGAUGACAAUGAUUCUAUAGCAUCAAGCAGCUUUUCAGAAAAUGACCUUGUAUUGCUGACGAAAGAGCCCCCACAAAAAUCUUCUCAUGAAGUUCAUAUGCUCGGAAAGGUGGAGAAGCGUGAGAGAGACAACAAGAGGAGGUUAAAUAUCUUACUCAUCAGGUUCUAUCUUCUGAGAGGUACCGCGCGUUUACAUCAAGCCAGAAGGAAUCUCCUUGAACGUAGUAAAUGGCAUGCAAGUCGUGUGAUGAACAUAACAUCUCAACUUCGAGAAUUUCAGGCAUUAUCAUUGAUAAAGGAUAUCCCCUUGCUACCAAUUAUUUUGAAGCCUAUCAAUGAUUCUGUUGAUUCUAGUUUAAGCAAGGAAGUAGAUCUGAGUAAAUUGUCCCUGCCCUUGGAGCAAAUGCUGAAGGCUUCCUUUAAUGAUAGUCAACUUCAGGCAAUUAGUAUUGCUACUGGAACACCUAAGCGGAAGAAAGAUUUUGAAUUAUCUCUUAUUCAGGGGCCUCCAGGGACUGGUAAGACGAGAACUAUUCUAGCCAUUGUCAGUGCUUUGCUUGCUUCUCCUGCCCAGAAGAUAGAUUCUAAAAAAAGAAUUCCUGAUGGUAGUUUGAAACGAAUUCCUAAGAUUAACCAGGCUGCUGCUGUUGCAAGGGCGUGGCAGGAUGCAGCCUUGGCUAGACAAUUGAAUGAAGAUGUACAGAGGAAUACGAAGUCUAUAGACAGUUCCAUGAAAGGUAGGGUUCUCAUUUGUGCUCAAUCUAAUGCUGCUGUGGAUGAGUUAGUGUCAAGGAUUUCUAGCCAUGGCCUAUAUGGAAGUGAUGGAAAGAUGUAUAAGCCAUAUCUUGUGAGGGUUGGAAAUGUGAAAACAGUGCAUCCAAAUUCGCUUCCAUUUUUCCUAGAUACAAUUGUUGAUCAACGUUUGGCAGAUGAGAGGAUGAAAUUGAAGGAUACAAAGAACGAAUUGAGCUUGGAGUCUUCAACAGCCCUACGUGUUAGUCUAGAAAAAGUAGUCGAUAGUAUCAGAUUCUAUGAAGCCAAGCGUGCCAACUUAGGUGAUGAAAAUACUGACCUCAAGUCCGCGGAAGACGUCGGGAAAAAUAUGUCUGAUGCAGAGAUAGCAUUCAAAUUGAGAAAACUGUAUGAGCAAAAGAAGCAAAUCUAUAAGGAUCUCAGUUCAGUUCAGCAGCAGGAGAAGAAAUAUAAUGAAGAAAUUAAAGGACUUAGAUAUAAACUGCGGAAGUCUAUACUAAGAGAAGCUGAAAUAGUGGUUACUACAUUAAGCGGCUGCGGGGGAGACCUUUAUGGGGUGUGUUCUGAAUCUAUGUCAGGUCAUAAGUUUGGCAGUCCAUCUGAGCAUACCCUUUUUGAUGCUGUUGUUAUUGAUGAAGCUGCUCAGGCUCUGGAACCUGCUACUCUGAUUCCUCUCCAGCUUCUAAAGUCAACUGGAACCAAAUGUGUCAUGGUUGGUGAUCCUAAGCAGCUUCCUGCCACAGUUCUCUCAAACGUAGCCAGUAAAUUUCUAUUCGAGUGCAGCAUGUUUGAACGUUUACAAAGGGCUGGGCACCCAGUUAUUAUGCUGACCAAACAGUAUAGGAUGCAUCCAGACAUAUGUCUGUUUCCUUCUGUGCAUUUUUAUGAGAAGAAGCUGCUGAAUGGGGAUGAUAUGUCUGGGAAAUCAGCACCGUUUCAUGAGACUAAAGGUUUAGGACCUUAUAUAUUUUAUGAUGUUAUUGAUGGUCGGGAGCUUCGUGGUAAGAAUUCUAGUGGCAUGUCCCUUUAUAAUGAGCAUGAAGCAGAUGCUGCAGUUGAGUUACUCAAGUUUUUUAAAAAGAGGUACCCGUCUGAUUUUCAUGUUGGAAGAAUUGGCAUCAUAACUCCAUAUAAAUCUCAACUGGCACUUCUGCGUUCUCGUUUCUCAACUGCAUUUGGAUCUUCUACCAUGAAUGAUAUGGAACUUAACACUGUUGAUGGUUUCCAAGGUCGGGAAGUUGAUAUACUGAUACUUUCAACUGUUAGAGCAGCAGAACCAAGCUCUGCUGCACCUGGAAACAAUUCCAGCAGUAUUGGAUUUGUUGCUGAUGUUAGACGGAUGAAUGUUGCAUUGACGAGAGCCAAACUCUCACUUUGGAUUCUGGGAAAUGCAAGAACUUUGCAGAUGAACCAAAAUUGGGCUGCUCUAGUAAAAGAUGCCAGAAGGAGAAAUUUGGUUAUAACGACCAAAGCACCUUACAAGUACAUCUUUGAACCAGGUUUCCAUAAAAAUUCUGGCAAUCAUUUAUUAGAGUCCCAACAUAGUCAGAAGAUCCAUGAUGCUACUCAGCAUGCAAAAAGAAAUAAUUGGAGUGCUGAUGAAGCACUUGACAGAAGAACAAAGCGCAUUGAUCCUGUUCCUCAGAGUAACAGAAGACUUCAUGAAGGUGAAAAAGAUUUAUCUGGAACUAAAGACGAUGUCAAAGAUAAAAAAUUAAUGGAUCGUAAAAUCCAUGGCCACAGUAAAGUUUUCGAGGAUGUUGGGUCUGCAAUGCCAGGAAGACAUGUAAAAGAUGGUGAACUUAUGGAUCAAGAGAGCAGAAAAAGGAAGCAUAGUUUGGAGAAUCCUCAAAUGGGUAAAAGAAAAGUUAAAUGUGAAAAUUCAAAGAGAGAUGCAGAUAACUCUGAACAAAGAGGAGGUGAUGGGCAUCGUCCUUCGAAAAUGCAAGAGUUGAAAAGAACUAAGAGAAUUUCUGAGGGUGAUGGAAGCCAGACAAAUGGGGUUUUGGCUGCCACAAAUCAAAUGAAGGAUGCAAGUAGAACUUCAAAUCAAGCUGGAGCUUCUCAUGAUUUAAUUGCAAAAAGGAAACAACAGCGUGAAGCUGUUGAUGCUAUUCUUUACUCGGCUCUCAUUCCUUCAAAGACUUCCAAGUCUGAAACAUCAGUGAGACCUGUGCCUUCUAAAAGACCUAUAUCUUCCUCUACUACAGGUGGUGGCAUAAAACCAGCGAAGACAAGGAAAGAUUGACUCAAAGUUCUGAUGUGUCAGCUAGCGUUCAUUUGGUCAUCAUUUCAACUCUCCACGGCAUCUGAAAGAAACGAGACAACGUACUCGGGACACAAUUUUGUACUAGGUCUCGGCCUGGAGUCUACUCUCCAUGUUCAUCUGUUCGAAGAGCCAGAUCGAGAAUCUUGUAAGCGAUGAAGAUGUUCAGCGGAAUGCUUGCUUAGAUGAGAUACUGUACUUGGUUGACCCCUCCACAGUUCCAUUGAGUAACAGAUGAGGUACUUGGUUGAUUCCCUCCACGGUACCAAUGAGCAAGGGACGUUCCUUCUGUAUAUCUGAAAUGAUUUGGGAAAAAAAAACAAGCAAAGAACAGGAAACGGGGCUUUUGAUUGAAUGAGUGAUCUGAAUUUUUCCAGUACUGCAUUCGUGCACCAUUGUAAAUUAGUCUUUUGAUCGGUGCGGGUGCAACUACAGACUUUAGUUGAAGAUACGGUAAUCCACUGUGGCCGAUGAUAUUCAGGUAUGUAAAUUUUGUCGAUGCAACUACGCGUGGCCUCAUAUUUUGAUCAUCAGAUUUACUUGUAUGUUGUCUGUGUUUCUCACUAUUGAGGCACAUGAGAGAAACUAAACGUCCGUCCCUUGCUUCUAAGAAGUUUAUUGAUGACUGUAAUAUUUGUAUCGAACGUUAUGUAGUAUGUGCCUGAUGCAUUGAUGCUCUAUGUCAAAUCUU